AUGAGCCAAAUAGACGGCGGCCUCGAUUUCAACUACCCCGCCCGCAACAAGAUCCUCUAUCAAGAGCAGAACGAAGUGGGCUACGUCGACGGAGACGGAAAAGCCGUAUUCAACGAAGCAUACCGAGAAGACGGCCCCCAGCUAUUCACGGGAGAGGUGCUCAAGCUAUGCGCAGGGCACUUUCUCAAAAAUUGUAUACUUCCAGGCAGCACAUACUUCACUGCAGGGGUGACACCGAAAGGUAAGGCCAGGCUCCGCUGCAUGAGAGAAUGGCCGUGGAAAGAAUGCAAACGGACGCUGGGAGAGUAUAAGAGUUGGCGUUACAGGUACACGGUCGAGGGCACUAUCACAUUCCACGGCCGUAUACAGCCGAUAGGCAGGGAGGGCCCAGAGGAGACGGUUCAAGACGCUCAGACGAGCCAAUAUCAGACUCAGGUGGUUGAGAUGUGGUAG